AUGGCUGUCAACGGACGUGGCGGUCUGCGCAGCAGCUCCUUCAAUACUGGCACUGAUGGUGGCAAUGAUUUUCAGCGCCGCGGUCCUGGCCACGCUCGCACGGGAUCCAGAAACUAUGAGGGCAACUGGCGCAACCAAGGCCAAGGUCAGGAUCAGUCCGCCAACGCUGGCCAAAACCAGGGAUUCCAGCCCGGCCACCGACCCCGCGGCUCCGUCAACCAGUCCAUCUCUGCUAUGGGAGGCUUUCAGUUCAAUCCCGGCCAAGCUCCGGUCCUUCCGCUUGCUGGCCAGAUGAUGAUGCCUCAGAUGUACGGCCAACAGCUCAACCCUAUGCAGAUCAGCCAGCUUCAGGCUCUGCAAGCUGCCCAGAUGAACACCCAGCAGUUCCAAGGUCUUCAGGGCUCGCAGCACGCCGGCCAGCUUGCUGGCCAGCAACAGCAACAGCAGCGAAAGACCCUCUUCACCCCCUACCUCCCCCAAGCUACCCUUCCCGCCUUGCUUGGAGAUGGCCAGCUUGUUUCUGGUAUUCUCCGAGUCAACAAAAAGAAUCGCAGUGAUGCUUACGUCACUACACUUGAUGGCCUCUUGGAUGCCGACAUUUUCAUCUGCGGUAGCAAGGACCGCAACCGUGCUCUUGAGGGUGACUUGGUUGCCAUCGAGCUCCUGGAUGUCGACGAAGUAUGGGGCCAAAAGCGAGAGAAGGAAGAGAAAAAGAAGCGCAAGGACAUCACCGAUACUCGCUCCGGUUCCACCAACCAAGGCAGCCAAGCUUCUGGACAAAAUGAUGAAAGCAACCCUCCUGAUGGAGCAAUUCGCCGUCGUGGCAGUCUUCGCCAGCGACCCACUCAGAAGAAAAAUGAUGACGUCGAAGUCGAGGGCCAGAGCCUUCUUCUUGUCGAGGAGGAGGAAAUUAAUGAUGAACAAAAGCCCCUGUACGCCGGUCAUGUUGUCGCCGUCAUUGAGCGUGUUGCCGGCCAGAUGUUCUCGGGUACUUUGGGCCUGCUCCGACCCAGCAGCCAGGCUACCAAGGAGAAGCAGGAAGCCGAGAGAGCGGCUCGGGAAGGUGGCAACUCCCGUUCAAACGACGGUCGCCAGCAAGACAAGCCCAAGAUUGUCUGGUUCAAGCCUACUGAUAAGCGUGUCCCCCUGAUUGCUAUCCCCACGGAGCAGGCUCCUCGAGACUUUGUUGAGAAGCACCAGGACUAUGCCGAUCGCAUCUUUGUUGCAUGCAUCAAGAGAUGGCCCAUUACGUCUCUUCAUCCCUUUGGCACGCUUGUAGAGCAGCUGGGCCGUAUGGGUGACCUUAAGGUGGAAACUGAUGCGCUGCUUCGCGACAACAACUUCUCAUCCGAUGAGUUCUCCGAAGCCGUUCUGCGCAGUGUCGGCCUCCAGGAUUGGUCGCUCGCCCAAGAGGAUGAAGCAGCCAUUGCCUCGCGCCGCGACUACCGGGAUGAAAAGAUCUUCACCAUUGAUUUCAAUGGCAGCUCUGAGCUCGGAAAUGCAGUGCAUGUCACUUCUCGUUCCGAUGGCAAGAUUGAUAUUGGUAUCCACGUUCCGGAUGUCACACACUUUGUUAAGCCCAACUCUCUCGUGGACCGGGAGGCCAAGAAGCGUGGCACCGCCGUUCAUCUCAUUAACCGAUUCUGCGCAAUGCUGCCUCCGAAGUUGUCCGGAGAGCUUUGCUCCCUCGUGCCAGGCGAGGAGCGUCUCACCGUCAGUGUUGUAUUCACUGUGAACCCUGUCAACGGCGCUGUUGCUGAAGGUGACAGCUGGGUGGGCAAGAGUAUCAUCAAAUCCACCGGCAAGGUGUCACUGAGCGAUAUUGACAAGGCUCUGACUGACGCUUCUACCUUCGAUAACGCUAGCGUUCCGAUCAACACUAUUCAGAUUCUGCACGCUGUCGCUCAAAAGUUCCGAGAAGCCCGCUUGGGUGCUGGCAGCGAGCCCAUUGCCCCUCUCCGGUUAUUGCAGCAGCUUGAUGACGAGAACCCUCAAGUGCAACACAACAUCUUUGACUCUACCGAGGCUUUGGAGCUUGUCGAGGAGCUCAUGCACAAGGCAAACAGUUAUGUGGCCCAGCGCUUGGCAGAGGGCUUGCCCGACAAGGCUCUGCUGCGUCGCCAAGCUGCCCCUAACCCACGACGUCUGCAGACGUUUGUCGAGCGCAUGACAGCUCUGGGAUACGACAUCGACGCCUCUGGAAGCGGGGCACUCCAAAACAGCCUCUUCAAGGUUGAUGAUGCGGACCUGCGCAAGGGAAUGGAAACCGUUCUUCUCAAGUCUAUGCAGCGUGCCAAGUAUUUCAUUGCUGGUAAGACUGCGAAGAUCGUGUGGCCUCACUACACACUCAAUCUACCACUCUACACCCACUUUACCAACCCUACCCGCCGCUACGCCGACCUUAUUGUCCACCGACAAUUGGAGGCUGUCCUUUCUGAGGGCAAGAUUGAAUUUUCCGAUGAUAUGGAGAACCUUGUCAAGACUGUCGAAGCUUGCAACACCAAGAAGGACUCGGCACAGAAUGCACAGGAGCAGAGCAUGCACAUCGAAUCAUGCCGCACCAUGGAUAAGAAGCGACAGGAAGUUAAUGGCGAUCUCAUUGCCGAGGGCAUCGUCCUCUGCGUGUACGAGUCGGCUUUCGACGUGCUGAUUCCCGAGUGGGGCUUCGAGAAGCGGGUGCAUUGCGAUCAGCUGCCCCUUAAGAAGGCAGAAUUCAGAAAAGAAAAGCGCGUUUUGGAGCUCUACUGGGAGAAGGGCGUUCCUAGCUCUGCAUAUGUACCCGAGGAUGAACGACCCAAGGCGGCGGCUUCCAUGAGAAUGUCAAACGCGUUGGCCGCUGCCCGACAGGCAGAAGAGGCAGAGCGUGUGAAGAAGGAGCGCGAGGAGGCUGCUCGUAAGCAGACAGUCACCGGCACCAUCUCUACCGAUGAUGUUGACGCCCUAUUCGAUGACGAUGAGGACGACACUUCAGAUGUCACCGAAGCCAUGGCGGGAGCAUCGCUGGCUGAGCGACCUACACAGAGCGUGCCAGGAUCACCGGCACGAUCUGCAUCCAACGCCGGAACUCUGCACCGCACUCGAUCCGACUCCAAGGUUCCUGUGGCAGAGGCUGUGGAGACUCGGUUGACGAACAAGGAGAAGUAUCUCAAGUUGUUUUCGCUGCGCGAAGAGGGUGGGGAUUACAUCCAAGAUGUGACUGAAAUGACCCGGGUGCCAAUCAUCCUUAAGACGGACCUUACCAAGAGCCCACCUUGCCUAACCAUCCGAUCCCUCAACCCCUACGCGUUGUAAAUUGGACGAAGCUGAAAAAGGGGAGUAGAAGUGAGGAGGCGUUUUGGCAGAUUGAUAUAGUCGGGGGUGGCUCGAGGGUAUCGAGCAGGGGUUGCCUGCUAUAGCAGUGAUGUGUGGUAUAUAUUUAUUUAUUAUUUGGCACACGGUAAAAGUGAACCGGUAAGGAACACUUACGCGGAAGCCGCAUAAUGGUUACAAAGGCGAUGCAUCUCAUGUAAUGGCAAACGAAAAAGGCACUGGUGUAAUGGAAGAACAUUGAGCAGGAGGUGGAGCAGAAUGAGAUAUGAUUGAUAUGUGCUGCGGGUGGAAAGCAUGAGAUGAAGAAACGAGCAUAACUAAGUUGUGAUGUAAUAUAUAUUACUGCGUUGAGCUGUAUUGAGCCGUAUUGCUCCCUGUUAACUUGUUAACUUGGCAAGGUGACGCGGCAUUAAGAACUGGAGAUGCUAUAU